AUGGAGUCUCUGAGUUCGCCCCUGCCCGCGGUCCGGGACUCCGGCUCUUCCCCGCGGCCCCCGGCGGAGCUGCAGUCUUUCCCGGGUGGCGGUGGCGGCGGCGCCUCUCUGAAAGCCAACCAGGUGAGCGAGACGUGUCUGUACGGCGUGCCGAUCGUGUCCCUGCUGAUCGACGGCCAGGAGCGCCUGUGUCUGGCGCAGAUCUCCAACACGCUGCUGAAGAACUACAGCUACAACGAGAUCCAUAACCGGCGCGUGGCGCUGGGCAUCACGUGCGUGCAGUGCACCCCGGUGCAGCUGGAGAUCCUGCGUCGCGCGGGCGCCAUGCCCGUGUCGUCGCGCCGCUGCGGCAUGAUCACGAAGCGCGAGGCCGAGCGCCUGUGCAAGUCGUUUCUGGGCGCGCACUCGCCGCCCAAACUGCCCGAGAACUUCGCCUUCGACGUGUCGCACGACUGCGCGUGGGGCUGCCGGGGCAGCUUCAUCCCGGCGCGCUACAACAGCUCGCGGGCCAAGUGCAUCAAGUGCGCGCACUGCGGCAUGUACUUCUCGCCCAACAAGUUCAUCUUCCACUCGCACCGCGCGCCCGACUCCAAGUACACGCAACCGGACGCGGCCAACUUCAACUCGUGGCGCCGCCACCUCAGACUGAGCGACAAGGGCUCGUCGGAGCACGUGUGCCACGCGUGGGAGGACGUCAAGGCCAUGUUUAAUGGCGGCAGCAGGAAGAGGACGAUUCCGCUCAGCGGGUCCCAGUCGGCCUCUCCGCUGACGGCGCGCGGGGGCGGAGGCGCUUCCCCGGAGCUCGCGCGCAAAACGCCGCGUUGUAGUGGCGGCGGCGCGGACGACGAGCGUCCCAUCCCGUGCGUGCGCGCACCCUCUUACCCGCUGGUGCCGCUGCCCAGCAAAGGCUUCGGCGCGCUGCACAAGCUGCACGCGCCUUUUUUCCCGCACCCGUACGGAGGCUUCCCCACGUUCGGCGCGUGCCAGAAAAAGGAGGGCAGCGGCGUUGGCGGCGAAGACGGUGGCGCGAGAGACACGCACAAGGCCGCUACAGCGGCGGCGGCAGCAGCGGCUGCGUUCUGGCCUGGCGCCAAGGAUACGGCGCUUUACCCGGCUUUCCCGGUGUUUUGGCCCGCGGCGGGCGGCCUGCACGUGCCCGCUUAUCCACACCAGCAGGUGCGCACCAAAGCGCACGCGGAGCUGGCGGUGGAGGCGCGCGAGAGUGAGCGAGGAGGAGUACCAGUAGGAGUAGGAGGAGGAGGAAGGAGCACACCUGGAGAGCGCGAGCGCUGGGCCGACGAGGACAGGUCCGCUGAGGAGGUGAGGUCUCGCGACAGUCACGUGAGCCACGUGUCCGCCUUCAGGCCCGUGCUGAGGGACGCAGAGAGCAUUGCCAAGCUGUACGGCCACCGAGAGGCGCGCGUCGCUGGACCGCCGGCCGGACACCUGUCCCCGGAGCUCGCGAGCUCCAGCUCCAGCUACAGGUCGGUGUCUCCGGACGUGGACAGCACGGAGGAGCCGGACGUGGACGUGGAGUCCAACAGAGCGCCGGACGAGGAGGAGCUCCAUCAGAGCCCGCUGGGACAAACCUCAAACCGGGCAGGAGAUGAAGAGCCACAGGGCAGGAGCGCGAGCAGCCCGGAGCCCAGAGAGCCAGAAUCCACGGAGGAGGACAGGGGGAGCGAGACCGGACCGGACAGAGACAGCCCCGCGUGCGAGGUGUGUGAGAAGGAUGCUGCUGUGUGUUUGAACCCUGCUCCUGUUCCAGCCCCCAGAUACCCCCUCAGCCCACCUCCACCAGCACACGAGUCUCAGAGAUCGAGUAAAGGCUCAGUGGAGGCGAGUGAAGGCCAGCCGGUCUGUCAGGAUCAGCUGAAGGAGAGUGGGAUGGACGCUGCACUGCGGACUGAGAGCAGAUUUCAGUUCAUCGGGAAAAACAUUGAGAACAUGGCGAAAGAGGAACUCCAGAAACAGCUGGUGGAGCAAAUGGAGCUCAGAAAGAAAAUGGAGCGAGAAUUUCAGAGUCUGAAAGAUCAUUUUCAGGAUCAGAUGAAGAGGGAGUUGUCCUACAGAGAGGAGAUGGUGCAGCAGCUGCACAUAGUGCGAGACACUUUGUGCAACGAGUUGGAUCAAGAGAGAAAGGCUCGUUAUGCAAUUCAGCAGAAGCUAAAAGCUCACGACGCUCUACACCACUUCUCCUGCAAGAUGCUCACCCCUCGCCACUGCACGGGGACCUGCACCUUUAAACCGCCUCUACUGCCACCUUAACCAGCACCAUGACUGCUUUAUACACCCACCAAAACCAAGAGACCUCUCCAAGGAACACCCACUCAGUCUUAUUCAAAACAGACCUUCCUUAUGAACACAAUGACCUUUCUAAGAACUGCAGAUGAGCAAGCCUCCCUGACAAUGAUGGAACAGUGAAUUCUGCUUAAAUGGACAUUUAUCUGGACAUUAAGAUGCUGC